AUGGAGACGAAUAAACAUCUGUUAAAAUUAAGGGAGUGGAAAGAACUUAUGGAUCUGAUCCAUCCCCCAACCGCGUACAUAGAGAGAAUGCCUGAGUUUAGGAAAAAGCAACCGGAGGAAAGUGAACCGAGGUCGUCCCGAUCAAGACUGUGGAGAACCAAGAAAAUCAUAGACUACACUAAUCCAGAUCCAGAAAAUAUUCUGAUUCGCACUCCUCCACCGAAGCCAGAUCCUCCCAAAUCUUCCAAACCACCACGCACUGGAGGUAAGAAAUCGAAGAAAACCCGACCACCACCACCGCCACCGGUGGAAGAUCAGCCCGUGGAGCGAAGAAUCAGCUUUAUCGAGAGUCUGCCGAAUAUCACGUGGAAUUUUAACAAAGGUGAACCCGACCCACCCGAAGCUCCCAAGUGGAUGGAACCCUUCGAUACGACCGGUUUCUUCGAGGCACGGUACGAUCUGCUGCCCAUGGAAUUGAUUCUGAUCAUUUUCAAACAAAUCACCACCAGCGAUCGGAUUUCCGCUGGUGAAACAUGCCGACGAUGGAACGAGGCCUCGCAUUACUACGAACCAUUUCUGGACCAGACCUACUAUCACUUCGAUAAGGCAGAAUUUGGCGAUAACAUCGCUCCGUUCAAGUACUUCAGCAAAGGUUUCCGGUAUUACCCCAGGUUGGUGUUCACUCAAGUCGAAUUCAACAAGCACAGCGAUUUCUGGGAAAUGCACGGCCUUUGGAUUACGGAACUAACCCUACGGUCAUGCAUUAUUCGAAAGAAAAAAUUCAUAUCGAUCAUGCGAAACCUGCUGAACCUGCGCAGCCUGGAACUGAUGCAGUGCGAUGAACUGUUCAAAAACUGGAGCAUCGAGUACAACACCCAAGAGCCGAUGUUCCCGUUUUUCAUGUUCUGUCUCAAGCAUCUUUCCCUAUCCGGGUGCGACUACUUCAACGAGUUCCACUUUGAACGUUUCAUCACGAUGGCUCCAAAUCUCCAAUCGAUUGACGUUUCCAAUUGCUUCAUAAACCUGUACCUCUCCAAGCGAAUCACCAUGCUCGAUCGAGUCAUGAAACUGAUCAGUCGAAAUCGCUACCUGAUGAAAAACUUGAACCUUGCCGAUACACCAUGUGUAGAUGACUUCACGUGGCACUGUCUGUGCGACAUCGACGAUCUCCGUCUAUCCCACUUCACCAUUGCCUACAGUGACCGAGUACCGCUCAAAGAACCCGGAAUCAUUCGUUUCUUCACUCUUCAAACCGAGCUCACCCAUUUGGAUCUAACAUCCUCGAUCGGUCUCAACGACGAGUGUAUGCAGAUUAUCAUCACCAGCUGUUUGCUACUUCACACGCUCAAAAUCCGUCGCUGUUGGCUGCUGAGUGACGAAGGAGUUAUCGAUAUGCACACCCUUCAACACCUCCGAGUACUGGACAUCUCCAGCUGUGAGCGAAUCAGUGACUACGGUAUCAUGACCGGAAUCGUCGGCAAACGGAACAGAGAGAUGCACGAAAUCCAUCUCUCCCUGCUUAACAACCUAUCGGACACGACCCUGUACUACAUGGUGGUCACCUUCAAAAAUCUGCAGAUUUUGAACCUGGACAGCUCGGCCAACGCCGUCACGGACGAAUGCAUCCAGUACAUCGUAUGUUACCUGCAUAACCUGCGGCACCUGAACGUCAUCGCUUGCACCAAGGAAUCGAUCGAGUUGUGCAUCGGUUUGACGCAAAUAUUUGCGCUACCUGGUGACGUGCAUUGA